CCAGGCACCCAAAUCUCGCUUCCAACUUCUCUGGCCCGUGCUCUCUCUGCGGUCUCCGCCCGCCUGACCCUCCUCCUCCUUCCCCGCCACCACCGGAGACCGCGCCGCGGACCGCGGGGCUCAGGUAGCGCGGGAUGGCCUCCGGAGUCUCGGCCGGCCGCGACCCGUACGACGAGGAGGCCGCCGCACGCCGGCCCCUCGAGUUCGACGGCCGUGACGCCGCCUCGUCCUCCUCCGACCACCGUCCUGGGAAUGUCAUGCCGAGAUAUCAAGUGGGCUCCACGAAGGGUGAUACGAGUAGUAGGUACGCUGAGGGGUCACGUUCACUCAGUACAGAUGACAUGCGCAAGAGCAAGCCCGGGUCGAGAUACUAUACAGCGUUUGGGGUGGAUCUGUCCCCCGAUAAUAUGGCAGUUGCCAUUGUAUAUUUCGUGCAAGGGGUGUUAGGUCUUGCACGACUUGCUGUGAGCUUUUACUUGAAAGAUAAUCUUCAUCUCGAUCCAGCUGAGACUGCAGUUGUAUCUGGCUUCUCAUCAUUGCCAUGGUUGAUCAAGCCCCUCUAUGGCUUUAUCAGUGAUUCCAUUCCACUCUUUGGAUAUCGAAGAAGGUCAUACCUUUUUCUGUCAGGGCUACUUGGAGCACUUUCAUGGAGUUUGAUGGCCACAGUAGUGAGCAGUAAAUACAGUGCAGCAUCCUCUAUUCUUCUUGGGUCACUUUCUGUUGCCUUCUCAGAUGUUGUAGUUGAUUCUAUGGUUGUGGAGAGAGCCCGUGGAGAAUCACAGAGUACAUCUGGAUCUCUCCAGUCGCUCUGUUGGGGAUCUUCUGCCUUUGGAGGAAUUGUGAGUGCCUACUUUAGCGGUUCAUUUGUGGAUACUUAUGGAGUAAGAUUUGUCUUUGGUGUUACAGCGUUUUUACCCCUGAUGACAUCUGCUGUUGCAGUUCUUGUAAAUGAACAUCGCAUACCUCCCGGAGAACGUACUAUCUUACUCUCUGGUUCAGGAUAUCUUGAGAGCUCUAAGCAGCAUGUCAGGCAGCUUUGGACUUCAGUCAAACAACCUAAUAUUUUCUUGCCGACCUUGUUUAUAUUCCUUUGGCAAGCAACACCACAGUCAGAUUCUGCUAUGUUUUUCUUCAUCACAAAUAAGCUUGGAUUCACUCCAGAGUUUCUAGGGCGUGUGAAGCUCGUUACCUCUAUUGCAUCCCUGCUUGGUGUUGGGCUCUACAACUAUUUUCUGAAGGAAAUUCCUCUAAGAAAAAUCUUUCUAGUGACGACCAUCAUAGGGUCAGCUCUUGGGAUGACGCAGGUGCUUCUCGUAACUGGGCUUAAUCGGCAGUUUGGUAUCAGUGACGAGUGGUUCUCUAUUGGUGAUUCAUUAAUCAUCACUGUCCUUGGUCAGGCUUCAUUUAUGCCGGUCUUGGUUUUAGCUGCAAAAUUGUGCCCUCCAGGAAUGGAAGCCACUUUAUUUGCAACUUUGAUGUCCAUUUCUAAUGCUGGGAGUGUUACUGGUAGUCUGGUUGGUGCUGGUCUAACUCGGGUUUUUGGAGUCACGAGGGACUCCUUUGGAAAUCUACCUCUCUUGAUUGUCGUCUGCAAUCUUAGUUCGCUGCUUCCCUUACCUCUUUUAGGUCUCCUGCCUGAGGAAUCAGGUGGCACAGAUAAUGGAGAAAUGAAACACAACUGACUUACUGAUGGUUCUGUCUCCAUGUGUUCUGGCUCUCAAGUAUGGCAUACCACCGUGUCCAGCUCCAACUCAGAUAUGGCCCAUUAAGUUGGAGUUCGAAAAACCAGUAGGGAAAUGUGAAAGUGACGUUGGAUUUAAUUUCAGUCGGUCGCCGCUUUCCUCGGUCAGGUUAAUCUACUGUAGCUGUUUACCUGUGUCAUGGAAGUGAUUUAUGAAUGACCGAAAAUGAUCUCUGGUACUACAAUACACAGGUACUUGACGCUUUUUUAUAGUUUCUAAGUUUACCUUGUAUACUAAGACAAGGUAGGGUUUCUUUUUCUCAACACUCUGUCAGUUAAUGCAACCCCAUGAAAAUAAAUCUAGGGGUUGAAGAUUAGUAGUGGAUUCCCUUACAGUGCUGAAUGUAUUGUGCCAACAAAAAGGGGAUAUUUAUACUUUAUUUGAAUCCUGAAGUAUGGGCAUGUAGAGAAUAAAUACUUGCACACAGUUCAAUGUCUGAUACAAUAUCGGGUUCAACUUACAUCAGUAGGGCUAAACGAAGUGAAAUCACAGGCAGAGGUGCAUACAGAAAGCUACAGGCACAACAGAAAUGCAACAUCCUUCAUCCUGAACUCAUUGGAAUUUUCAGUGCCAAUAGACAGUGUGGGUAUCAAUGAUAUCAUAACAAUCGAUGGUAUUUUGUAAUCAUCGACCUUCCCUUUGCUGACUGUCUUGAGGUUAACCUGAAAUAUAAUUUCAAAUUAUUGGCAAGUUGAAUAACAGUUCAGUAACAGGGUAUCACUGUAAUCAAAGCAAUGCAAAAGACAACCUGGAGAGGGAAAAUCCCGGAUCCUAUGUACUUGUACUUUCAUUUUCUUCCUUUUGACUUGAGAGGUGUGCUCCUACUCCAUUUGUUUUAUAUAUCCAGUGAGAUAGGGUCGGUUAAGUUAUAUCAUGAGUACAUGCAAUUGUUGUUAGUUCACUUCAGAAAACUGCAACUGUUGUUGACUAGAUAUUGUUGAAUUUUGCUAUGAAUCAGUUCAAACUUGAAAAUCAAUAGAAAUACGAGAUCUAUUUUGUACUGUU